GAGAGAGAGUAGAAGAUCACAAAUUAGGAGUUGUUGAUGGCGGAGGCGAGAUCAGAGACCAAAGAAUCAAAAUUCGGUGAAAAAGCAGCGGCGAAGGCGGCGGCUCUUCCAUGGAAGACUCGUGUCUCGUACUUUGUUAUGUCGAUGGUGACCGAUGUGUCUCGCCGGGGUGACGGUUCGGUGAACAGGAGAUUGUUGAACUUUUUAGAUUUCAAAGCCCCUCCAAACCCCACCAAGCCCAUCCGCGGCGUCAGGACCUUCGACCUGACCGUCGAUCCUCAUCGGAAGCUUUGGUUCCGCGUCUUCGUCCCCUCCGACGCCCACAAUUCUUCGCCGCUGCCUGUGAUGGUGUUCUUCCACGGCGGAGGUUUCGUUUUCCUGAGCGCUGACAACAAGGCCUACGACGCCGUCUGUCGCCGAUUUGCCCGCCGAGUCCACGCCAUCGUGAUCUCAGUCAACUAUCGCCUUGCCCCCGAACAUCGCUACCCGGCCCAGUACGAGGACGGCUUCGACGUCCUCAAAUUCCUGGACCAGCAGCAAAAUGGGUUGCCGGAAACGGCCGAUCUGUCUCAAUGCUUCCUGAUUGGAGACAGCGCCGGGGCGAAUCUUGCUCACCAUGUGGCCAAGCGAGCGGCGGAGUCAAAGUUCCGGCAACUAAAGGUGGUCGGGCUGGUGGCAAUCCAGCCUUUCUUCGGCGGAGAAGAGAGGACGGAGCCGGAGAAGAGAUUGACGCAGCUGGUGACGAUGGAGCGGACGGACUGGAUGUGGAAGGCGUUUAUGGGGCCCAAGUAUGAGGGCAGGGACCACGAGUCCAUCAACGUGAGUGGGCCUCGGACGGCGGACAUAGCUGCGGUGGAGGGGUUUCCGGCGACGGUGGUGGUGGUGGGAGGGUUUGACGGGCUGCAGGAGUGGCAGCGGCGCUACUACCGGUGGCUGAAGGCGGGCGGCAAGGAGGCCCAUCUGCUGGAGUAUCCCAACUCGGUUCACGCUUUCUACAUGUUCCGGGAGCUGCCGGAAUCUGCCCACUUGAUUUCUCAGGUCGCCGAUUUCAUCCACGCCCACUCCUCUGCUUCCGCUUCUUCCAUGGCUGCUUAAUUAUCAAAUUAUUAAUUUUUUAAGAACAGAACCGCUGUAGCAAUACACGCAUUCCCUUUCCUAAAUCACUAAUUAUUAGUGGGAGGUGGAGAUGGGCACCGCCGGAGGUGGCUGUGGUGGGUUUAUUAGCGGGUAGGUAGCUGGGGGUAGAUGAAAGCCUAAGUGGUGGGCAUUGGAAGUCACCAUUUAUUGUUUGCUUUCCCAACCGCUUUACUUCGUCCCUUUCGGUUAUUUUAUCAUUUAUCUGUAGCCCUCCCCAAUUUGAAUUUAUCUGUAGCCCUCCCCCUCUUUCAUUAUUUAAUUUAAAAUAAAAUUAUUAUUGAAUAAUGCUGGUCAUUAUUUUUUUGA